UUCCCCCGAGCUGAAGGACCGCAAAGAGGAUGCCAAAGUGAUGGAAGACGAAGGACAGACGAAAAUCAAGCAGAGGAGAAGCCGGACCAAUUUCACCCUGGAGCAGCUGAACGAGCUGGAGAGGCUCUUCGACGAGACCCAUUACCCGGAUGCUUUCAUGAGAGAGGAGCUCAGCCAGAGGUUGGGUUUGUCCGAAGCUCGGGUGCAGGUAUGGUUUCAGAACAGAAGAGCUAAAUGCAGAAAGCAAGAAAACCAACUCCACAAAGGAGUCCUCAUAGGAGCAGCCAGCCAGUUUGAAGCGUGCCGGGUUGCCCCCUACGUGAACGUGGGCGCUUUGAGGAUGCCUUUCCAGCAGGUGCAGGCGCAGCUGCAGCUGGACAGCGCUGUGGCGCACGCGCACCACCACCUCCACCCGCACCUGGCCGCGCAUGCGCCCUACAUGAUGUUCCCGGCGCCGCCUUUCGGGCUCCCUCUGGCCACGCUGGCCGCCGAGUCCGCCUCGGCCGCUUCGGUGGUGGCGGCGGCCGCGGCGGCCAAGACCACCAGCAAGAACUCCAGCAUCGCGGACCUCAGACUCAAAGCCAAAAAGCACGCGGCCGCCCUGGGCCUGUGACUCUUACUGCAGCCGCAGCCGCCGGGGCAUGUUGCAAUCCCAGCGCGUGCGUGCGCAGAAGA